ACCCACUGCCUCCGUUUCCCUCCUUCGUUCCCCUUUGUCUCCUCCGCCGCCGGCGCCGCCGCGCCCGAUGCGCCUCCUCGCCGCGGCGGCGAAUCCAUUCAGGCAUUUCCUCUUCUUCCCCUAUCAUCUCUCCACAGUCACCUUCACUUCCUCCCAUCCCUGCUCCUCGUACGACCCCUCCGCGCAAUUCCUCCCCUUCGACUCUCAGCACCACCGCCUCCUCGCCCUCCCCGCUUCCCUCCGCCGCGACACCGUCCUCGCGCUCGCGCGCUUGCUCAAGACCUCCCUGCAAUGCCACCUAGAUCUCGACACCCUCACCUCCCAAUCCCGCUCCCUGCUCCCCGACCGUUUCGCCGCCGCCUCCCGCCUUGCGGCGUCCUCGACGGCGCUCCGGCCGUUUUCUUCUCUCCUCCUAGCGGCCCUCCUUCCUGGCGCGUCCACGCACCUCCUCGCCUGGUGCAGCUCCGACCGCAGUAGCGGGAGCUACUCCGCCCUCCGCCUUGCGCUCCACGCUUUCCUCGCUGCCGGCAUGGCGUCCGAGGCCCUCGUCGUGCUUGCGCACAUACGCUGCGGCGGGAACACGCCCAGCCUUUCUGCAAUUGCAGCACUGCUGCGGCUGCUGUUCCGUGCGGGUGAGGUCCGGCCUGCAUGGAAGGUGUUUGUGGAAAUGACUGCAAGGGGGCCGCGACCAAGCCUGGCCAUCUUCAAUGCCAUGAUCCUCGGGUUCUGCCACAGGGGGCUCGUCCACAUUGGUUUGGGAUUGCUCGGUGUAAUGUGGAGGUUCAACGUUAUACCUGAUGCGUGCAGUUAUAACAUCUUGAUCAAGGGCUACUCUGUGUUUGGGCAGGCAGGGGAUGCUUUCCAGCUGCUUGAUGAAAUGCGUGAGUCAGGGUGCCAGCCAACAGUUGUGACGUAUAACAUAUUGGUGAAUGUACUGUGCCAUGACGGGAAUAUGGUGGAUGCAAGGAGGCUGUUUGAUGAGAUGGUGAAGGUGGGGAUAGAAGCAAAUACAAUUACUUUCAAUGUUCUAGUUGAUGGAUAUGCAAAGGCUGGACGGAUGGAUGAGGCCUAUGCGGCUUGCAGGGAGAUGAAGGCAAGGGGAUUGGUGCCUGACUGCUGCACCUUCAACAUUCUUUCUGCUGGAGCAUACAAGUUUGGAAAGGCUGUGCAGUUAGCGCAUGGGCAGCAAGAGUUGCAUGAAAUGUUUGGUUCACGGAUAUCAGCAGAUAGUGUGGAUAUGGUGGUCUGUAGGCUUUGUUGGGAUGGACGUUUAGAUGACGCCUGGAAGCUUGUGUGUAGUGCAAUUGAGCAGGGUGUUCCAGUGAGCGUUGCAGGAUUUAAUGCUUUGGUUGCUGCUUAUAGCAAGGAGGGAUUUGAUGAACAAGCUCUUGAGGUAUAUAGCGUUAUGAACAAGAUAGGUCUUGUACCAUCAUCACCCACUUUUAAUUACUUGAUAAUGGGACUGUGCAAUCAAGGAAGAUUGGAUGAUGCACAGCUGUUACUGGAACAUAUGAUUUGUAAGGGAUACUGUGUGGGUACAUCAUUUACCAUCUACAUGGACUCAUACUUCAGAUCUGGUAAUGUAGAAGGUGCCUUGAAAUGCUGGGAUGAUAUGGUGAAAGUCGGCGUGCAGCCUGAUUUUAUUGCCUUCUCGGCAUAUAUCAGUGGUCUUUGCAGAUUAGAUCAUGUUAAUGAGGCUUAUCAGGCAUUUGUUGAGAUGACAGGAAGAGGAUUUGUUCCGAACAAUAUUACUUACAACUCCCUCAUAUCUGCGUUUUGUAGGGUCGGCUAUGUCUCUGAAGCAUUGAAACUAGAAAAGAAGAUGAGGCAGAGUGGCCUUAUUCCUGAUGUUUUCACAAGCAACAUUCUGAUUGAUGGUUUUUGCAAAGAGGGAAGGCUGGACAUGAUGAAUAAACGUUUCUUGGACAUGUACAAUAGUGGUUUAACUCCAGAUGUAGUGACAUACAAUACAAUUAUCAAUGCAUAUUGUGGGGCUCAGGAUAUGAGCAGUGCCAUGAUUUUCAUGAAUAAGAUGCUUGCAGAUGGUUGUGAACCAGAUAUUUUCACAUAUAAUAUUUGGAUGCAUAGUCUUUGUAACAACCAUUUGUUGAAUCGAGCAGUGAAAAUGCUGGAUGAACUUGUUGCUAUGGGUUGCAUGCCAAAUUCAGUUACAUACAACACAUUGAUGGAUGGCAUUUGCAGUGAUGUCCUUGAUCGAGCUAUGAUUCUGACUGGCAAAUUGAUUAAGAUGGCUUUUCAACCCAACACUGUCACAGUUAAUGUUUUCUUUUCUCAUUUCUGCAAGCAAGGUUUUGGAAAGAGGGCCCUAGUGUGGGCUGAGAAGCUCAAAGAAGAUUCUGUUGCUUUUGAUGAUGCUACAAUGAAUAUACUUGACUGGGCAUACAAGGAGAUGGAGGAUGACUCCCAGGCAAGCAAUGCAGAUAUUGACAGGUGUUUGUUUCUUGAGUUCUUAAUGCUCAUGACAUACAAGGCUAUGCGCAAUAGUAGAUCCUCAAAGUUUACAUAUGUGCCUAUAGAGACAGUUUUUUAUCCUGCUGGCAGUAACACAAUCAAAGUUUUGGAUACUGGAUGAUUGUUGAAUUUCGUAACCACACAGGUUACUGGGAAACAUUUUGGGUCACUGGUCAUGUUGCAGGAAGUGCUCACUAUCCGUUGCUUUGGAUGAAACAUUUGAUACUAUGGCUACCGUUCACACUGGUACUCUUAAAACGAGAGCCGCAAAGCUUAAAUGCUAAUGAAAUGUUGAUGGCAAGGAGCAUGUUUAUGACAAGGCAUUAUCCAUUACAUGCCCUGCGGCCAAACAACAAGUGAAUUCGAAAAGUUGUAAAUGAAAAUUUUCAAUCUGGACCAGGAAUUCAUGCAAGUUGUCACCUGCAUAUCAAUUGAUUCAAGAUCUCGGUGCUGACACUCACACUGAUUUUUUUAUUAUAUAUGGAAGAAGAGCAAGCAAUCCAAGGCUUUUUAUGGGUUAUAGGGUUUGAGACGAGCAAUCAAGUAUGCUUUGUCAGACAGACUGAGGCUAAAGGGGGUUGCAUCUGGCUGGAUCUUCUGUCUUAAGCUUCUCCUUGCAUUUGGCGAUGUUCAGCACAGUUGUCAUCCCAUUGUGAAGUUCUAAGGUAAUUGUUGGGGGAGUGGGGUGGAUAGCAGGCUAGACAGCUCACCACUUCAGCACUUCGUAGCACUUCCCCUUCAGCACUUCGUAGCCAUCUGAAUUCCUCUGGUAGUUUAUCUACUGUUCACUCUGGCUUUACUUUCUUACUUUCCUCACUCACUUCUGGUGGGCCAAGUGUAUCUGUAGACCCACUUUUUUUAGUGACCGAAGAAGCGAAGAACCCUUCAUGGUGGAAUUCUUUUUCGUCGUUCGACCUGCCAUCCUCCUCCCUGGAGGCUGCGUUCCCCCUCCUGGUUCUGGUGGAUUGCAGCAGGCAGAGCAGGAGUGGUCGGGGUCUUCGUAUUCAUCACAGGUCUAGCAGGUGGAAGAAGCAUGGUGGGCGAACAGUGGCAGCAACAUCCACAAGUGCAUCAGGCAAUACGUGGAAGCGCUCCGAUGACUACGGAUCGACUAUGAGGUCUCACUCAGCAGCAGAGCAGCUUGUCUACCAGGGCGGCAGGGUUUGCACAGCAUACCCGUAUCCCUACAACUGUAGAACAGGACACCUGCCAUUGCUAUCCUGGCCUCCUCUAGCAGCAGUGGAGAUGCAUGCCAUCCUUGAUGGUGGCCAGCCAGCCACCACGGCGGAGAUCGGUACAGUGAACUAAAGGAUGCCAACACAAAAUACCAAUCAGGAGGACAAAAUGAUGGUUCUGCAGAGGCGAUGACGAACGAACGUCGUCCCCCCCUAACCUAAUGAUGCAAGUACCGGCAAAGCUCACAACCUUUGCAAAUCCAGCUGCAUGCCUUGCCUCCCUUCCUCGCUCUCCUAUACAGUAAACACCACGCAACAUCUGUACGUACAUGCUCGCCUGUGCUGUGUUCUGGGCCAUCGAUCUGAGAGAGAACUAGACCAGCAGCCAUCAUGCACUGCUGCUGCAUAACGGGGAUCACGAAAACAGGAAGUAAAAGGAGUGAAUGCAUGUGCCCGUUGUGAUUCCUUUCGUUGGUGUGAGAAAAGACAGGGCCGAGGGCUGAAUUGGUAAAGGUGUACGUUGUGUAUUAUGUUGGGCAUCAUGGCAUCCCCUGGCGUGUGCCGGCAGCUGCUCGAUCUGCUGUGUGGUGCGUGCCAUGGCGAUUGAUUGAUGGUCGUCGGAUAAUUAUUGGGGAUGUGGGGAAGGGUUUGAUGUAAUUUGGUAGUACUCCCUCUGUUUCUCAAUUCUUAUUGUGAUUUUACCGUUUUAGUACAAAUUUGAACUAAAAUCACGAUAAGAAUUUAGAAACGGAAGGAGCAGCUUUUUAGGGUGAAAUCUACAGGUAUGUUAUGAACAUAUAUAUCCAGGCGAAGGUGAACGUUGGGUGUAUUGCA